UGGAUUUUGCCCGCGGAGACGUGCCUCUCCUGGCAGAGGAUGCUCCAUCUUUAACAAGUUAUUUGGGGUCUGAUUUUCUGCCCUUUGAAGCUGAGCGUGGCCGUCUAAUCAAAAGUAAGUACAUACUUUAGAAGGAUGGCCAAUUGCGUGGCCCAUUGCGUGGCUCUUCUACGGACUGUGAGGCAACAGCGUCGGAAAUGGUGCGGGGAACGGCAGACUUUCGCUCCGAGGCCGCCAGCUUCAUGCAGGCAGCGAACUGCAGAGAGCACAUCUCUACCGCACACCACGCCGUCACAGUGUAAACAAUCCCCGAGUCUCUCGAGACCUGAGAAAGAGUGGCCGGCCUGGUAACGGAGUCGAAUAAUUCGAUUCGGCCUCCAACCGCCACCCACCAUGGCCAGCCAGCCCAUUGACACCAAGUCCUUCCAUCUCACCGCGGAACCCCAACUCUCGUCGCCUUUCUUCGGAGUGCUCCCCGCUGAAAUCCGGAACCUCAUCUACGUUGAGUUCUGGCGCCUCUCCUCUUCCCGGCAGCACAUAAUCCUUGGCCAGUAUGAUCCUAUGACCGUUCUGGAGUGGUCUCAUUUACCUUGCAUCACGGACCCGUCCGCUGAGGAUAUCCGGAUGGCCCAGUAUGCCGCCGAGAACGACUCGGCCUCCCGGACGGUCUGGGGAGCUCGGUUGAAGAGUGAGUGGUGCUUGCACUGGGCCUGUGAAGAGAAUCGGAAGGACCACCGUCAUACUGCUGCAACGAACCGGGCUGGUAGUAUUAGGUCGUCAACGAGGACCGGGUUCUUGGAUGUUCUGAGGACGUGUAAAAGGAUGUAUGUCGAGUGCCUGCCAUCGCUCUAUAGCAACACGACCUUCGUGUUCACCGACACGAACACAGCAGAGGAGUUCCUAGCUCUCUAUAGCAAGGACACGGGGCAUUACCCACUCCGCUCACUGGAACUCUGCAUCCGCGCGGCCAACAUCCUCACCGAGAUCUACUACCCGACGGGCGGGCCGGGCAGCGACGAAGGACCACCCGCCGUCUUCGCGGGCAGGGCCCGGCCCUUCCUCUCCAUGCGGAACAACCCGUGGCAGCGUGUGUGCGACCAUCUCGUGAAGCUGCCCGACCUCCAGGCGCUGCGCAUCUGGUUCGACUCGAGCGACCUGCGGCCCUGGCACAAGCGGGUCAGCGAAACACGCUUCUUCGGCAAGCUGUUCGAUGUCCGUGUGCCGGACAAGCGCCGUUUCGUGCUAGGGCUGCCAGAGCUCCCUGAGAGACGUGGCCCCGAUGCCCAGUUGUUGGAAGGGCAUUACCUGGAGGGAGAUAAACUCGAGGACGCGCCGUUUACCGUGCAGAGGGGUCCCAGGCCGAAUAACUGGCUGAUCUAUUUCCAUCAAAUCGGAGUCCGCCAGACCAUUGGCAUGUGAGAUCGCUCAGUAUAUGAAGACGUGCUAUCAUGAGAGGGCCAUCCUGGUAAGGGGACUCGUCUCAUUUAUGCGCCAACCUUUGUCUCGGUUGGGACGGAUCUCAUGUUGUAUGGCUUUGCCUCCGGCGGGUCCUCUCCUGGACGUGUUUCUUCAUGUGGACACGUAUCAGCCUCGAGGAUGCCGCAGGAUAUUCGGCGGAGAUCAUUGGGCAAGCUCAAACAAAGGAGAAUAGAAAUGCAAGUCCACAUCAUGUGAACCAAAGUUAGAGCGGCUGCCAGCGGUACCCGAUAGAACGUGAACGUGAUGGGAUGCCAGUG